GCUCUCGCGCCAGCGCAGCCCGCCCCGUCAUGCCGCGGGCCGCUCCCUCCGCUUCCGCCGCCGCCGCAGUGGCCCGCAGCGGCAGCGGCAGCGCGGCCGCCGCGCCUUCGUCGCCGCCGCCCGCCGCCGCCGCCCCUCGCCCGCCCUCGCCCCUCAAGCACGUCGAGCACCCUUCCCGCCUGCAGCCACCCACCCGCCAGCAGCCGCCGCCGCAGCCGCCGCAGCCGCCGCAGCCGCCGCAGCCGCCGCAGCCGGCGACGGGCCACUCGCAGAGCUCAUCCGCCAUCCCCUCUCGCGGCGCCUCGCGGCCGGCGACCCCGUCGUCGAUGGUGAGCAGCAGCUCUGCGGCUGGGAGCACAAACACGGCCCGCUACGUCGACCGGCUCAUCUCGCGCGCCAAUCGCGGCAGCGUCUCACAGGCCGACGUCGACAAGGCGCAGGCCCACUUCGAGGCGGCGCGGCGCGCCAACGACGCGAAGGACUACCAGUCCGCGUGCACCAGCUUUGAGCGCGCCUACUUGCUGCUGCCAAAGCCCGCGACUCUCGUCUCCACGGCAAACAUGUACGUCAAGAUGGGCAACGCAUCGAUCGCCGCCGAGAUAUACCACCGUCUGCUUGCCGAGUCGCUGCCGCAGCAUAUGCACGAUUUCAUCGCCGACAAGCUGCGCGUAAUCCAGCCGUCCGAGUAGCGCGUCCGAAUGUGGACAUGACUCACUCACGACUCGCGGCUAGUGGGGCGAGCUCUGAAACCGCGUCUCAGGUGCCAUCCCAUGCCUGCAUCGCAUUGAUCUCGUCGAUCUUUCCUCAGUAACCACACGGAUAU